AUGUUUCCCACCGCGAGGUGUCUGUCCGCGAAACCUGCGGGAUUCUUCAAGCGCAGUGCAGGAGAGCUUUCGCGUUUAUCGAGGAUCGCCUGGAAUUCCGAAGGCCUCCAUACUCCUACCAAGCCGUAUACCCUCCUCGACUUUGAAGAUGAAUCUGCCGUUUCGGGCUGCAAAACCAUGGCGGAUCGUGCCGUAGGCGGGUUCAGCACAGCCAGCCUUGAUUAUGUCCCUGCGGAUCCUUCAACGGGCUCCCCUGCUCAUGCAAGAUUCCACGGGAGCAUCUCGACAAAACUCCCCAACAACUGGAGGGUAGAGAGAACUGGAUAUGCGGCUUUCCGCAACAAGGACCGAGGGCUCUGGCUCUUUGGUCGGCUCUAUUGGGACGUGGACCCUUUCUCGUACCUGGCUCUACGAGUGAAGUCUGACGGCCGGCGGUACACCGUGAACCUCCAGACCGAUUCCAUCGUCGAGACAGAUAUUCACCAACAUAGACUAUACACCCGUCACCACCGCGUUCAGAACCAAGUCAAUGCAGAUCGCCUUUCGUCAUUUGCAUCGAGUGAGACGGCCGAACCGCCCGAGCUCGCCGACAGCCUCUUCUCAGGCGGAAUUCCUGCUUCUCUCUCCGACGUGCCUCCCGAGUCUACAAUUAUGUCCUCGACGGCCACAACAUCCGGCGGCACCGGCUGGGAGACAAUUCUUCUACCUUUUAACUCGUUCGUUCGUACAAACCACGGUCUCGUCAUGGAGCCGCAGACUUCUCUUCUCCGGCAGCGGGUCAAGAGCAUUGGAAUUGGUCUCACAGAUCGAAUCGAGGGUCCUUAUGAUUUACGAAUUCAUCGCAUCUGGGCGACGAACGGGAUCAGCGAAGAAGAGUUCAAGGAUGAGCAGCGGAUUUGCGGAGCGGGUGCGUUGCCUAUCGAUGAAGGUGUCAAAACGGGUUGGACGGGCGACUCUCUUUCUAGCGAGUCAGAUGGAAAGGGGCAAGAAAUAGAGGGCGGGAAGAAGGCGAAAGGACUGAAGGGCCUGCGCUCAGAGUGGGAACCGUAG